GAUCCUUUCCAUCAACCAUUUCCAUCUCUUAUACUUUCUCGACUCUUGAAUAUGGAGUUCGAAUCGAGAUUGAUCCUUAACAAUAGUUCUAAUAUUGGUCAUGAAAUAAGCACAAGCAACUGCAAAACAGGUUCUACUCCAGCUGCUGAAUCAUCCUUUUACAAGUUUAAUGAUCAUCCUAUCUAUAGCAGCGGUGCUACUUUCGAUGAAUCAUUCAGGAAUCUUGAGCAGGAGGUUCCCAAGAGCGGCUCCGCCGAGCUAAGACUAUCUUGGCUUCGCUCUCAAGUCAUCGGUGCUUCUGUAGAAUUCGAUGCUCCCUCUGGAAAACGAAGACUCACUUACGCCGAUCACACUGCUUCCGGCCGCUCUCUUAAUUAUAUCGAAAGCUUUAUCACCAACAAUGUUCUUCCCUUUUAUGGAAAUACUCACACCGGGGAUAGCUACGUCGGUCGUCGGACUACAAAAAUGGUGCAUGAAGCAGGCAAAUACGUCAAGAAAUGCUUAGGGGGCGGAGAAGAUGAUGCACUCAUAUUUUGUGGCCAAGGCACCACUUCAGCAAUCAAAAGACUUCAAGAAGUGAUGGGGAUUACCGUACCAUCAAUUUUAAGGGAGAGGGUCAUAAGCACUCUCUCUACCCAGGAUAGAUGGGUGGUGUUUAUUGGUCCCUAUGAGCACCACUCGAAUAUCCUCUCGUGGCGGCAGAGCCUGGCUGAAGUAGUUGAGAUUGGUCUAAAUGAUGAAGGCUUACUGGACAUGGAGGCUCUUAUACAGAAACUUGAGUCAUUCAAACAAGCCAACCGCCCUAUUCUGGGUUCCUUCUCAGCUUGUAGUAAUGUCACCGGAGUUUCAUCGGACACAAGAGCAAUCGCUCGAGUUCUUCAUCGAUAUGGAGGAUUUGUUUGCUUUGAUUAUGCAGCAAGUGGACCAUAUGUGGAAAUUGAUAUGAAGUCAGGGGAGAUAGACGGGUACGACGGUGUUUAUCUUAGUCCACACAAGUUUAUCGGGGGACCUGGUACACCAGGCAUACUCUUAAUGAACAAGGCUCUAUAUCAGCUUAGAUCUUCUCCACCAUCCACUUGUGGAGGUGGAACUGUUGAUUAUGUCAACGGCUUUAGUGAAAAGGACACAUUAUAUGUGGAGGACAUUGAAGAAAGGGAAAAUGGGGGAACACCUCAAAUAAUACAAACAAUUCGAGCAGCAUUGGCGUUCUGGGUGAAGGACUACAUUGGUUAUGAGGUGAUAGAGAAAUACGAGCAGAUGUUUAUUAGAAGGGCACUACAAAGGCUCCUCCUAAACAGAAACAUAAGGAUCUUGGGUAAUACAAGCGUCGAGAGGCAAGCCAUUUUGUCUUUCCUUAUCUACACCAGAGGUAAUAGUCCUGUUUCAGAUGCAAGCAGUGGGUACAACAUGUGGGGAGACACUGAGAAUGAGGAACUGGGGAACACAAGAGAUAAGCCCCUCCAUGGCUCCUUCGUUACAGCCUUACUCAAUGACCUAUUUGGCAUCCAGGCUAGAGGCGGCUGCGCCUGCGCCGGGCCGUAUGGCCACGCUCUUCUCGGAAUCGAUGAGACUACCUCGCAUGCCUAUAGAUCUGCCAUCCAGGAGGGCUAUGUGGGAUUGAAACCAGGAUGGACUCGAGUCAGUUUUCCCUACUACAUGUCAAAUGAUGAAUUCGAAUUCAUCCUAGCUGCCUUGGAAUUUGUAGCGGCCUAUGGACAGAGAUUUCUUUCUUUGUAUAACUUCAAUUUCAAAAGAGGAAGCAGCUGGACUGUCAAGAAGAAGGCACUGCAAACCCUAGCUUCUGUUGGGAAGACGAACAACGGCCAUGCCAAGCUUAAUCGUGGGAUCAUUGAUUCAGAGAAGCAAGAAGGGCUGCUGAUCAGUAAAUUUGCCUCCUAUCUCGAAACGGCGACGAACAUUGCAAGUCUCUUGCCCAAGUUUCCUCCUAAGCGUAAGCUUGAAGAAGACGUACACAUCAACUGCUUGCAAUUCAGGAUCUAAGUAGACUUCAUAAAAUUUCGUUUACAUGCACGUAUACAUAUAUACAUUAUACACACUCAUAAAUCAACUGCCUGUUGAUUCUGUUUUAUGUAAAAGCUUUAAUUUCAUAUGCAUCUUCUAGAAUUUCUUAUCAACGCAAAUAAUUAUCCUGUUAUUGGGUUUCUUUUUUGACGCGUUUGCUUACAAAGCAUAUCUUAGCUAGAGUAUUUUGUUCUAUGCUUUUUGUUGAGAGCGGUAUUGGUCUAGUCCCCCGCUUUUCUUCAAUGUAAUAUCAGAAAAUAAUU